UUACUUUUUAAUGUCAAAUUUGAGUUAUCAAAAAAACCAAAAUUGAAAAUUCCUCCCUUGAUUUCAUGAUUUUUCGAAAUUUGUAGUUCAAAUUGUGCAGUUUUUGGAAUUGAAUAAUUAUUUUCAAGUAAUCUGCGAUUCACCGUUACAAUGACAUCCUCUGAAGUUCAGUUCGUCAAGAAAUUGGAUAAAUGUUUAUAUGACAGUUUGAUUAAGUUCAGUGGAAGUGUUGUGGUCGGCGGGAUUGCGUCAUUACUAUUCCUUAAACGUAGAAAAUGGCCCAUAAUCGCUGGUGCAGGUUUCGGUGUUGGAUACGCGUACUCAAAUUGUGAACACGAAUUAAACAAGUCAUUCGUUACCGUCAAGUCGGUUCAGUAAUAUCGUUCCUUCUAUAAACAUUUCGGGCGAAACUUACUGUAAGAAUUAGUAUGAAAUUUUUGGAACUAAUUUAUAUCAUGUUUUUAUUGUUCUGGCUAAAGUAUAUUCCUAAGUCGUCGUAGUUUCCGAAAUGUGAUAUCGAAUUUCAAUUCUAGAUUGUAUUUUUGCGUAACUCUGAAGCGGAACAAUUUCUGUACAUUUUCAAACUUUCACCUUAUAUGUGUAUUAAACCAAUGUAGAUGAAAAUGUUUAUUCGUGUACCUAUUCUGUUAUAAUAAUCUAUUGUAUUUAUUGUUUUGUUUUAUACGUAUAAUGGAUAAAGGUACAAUGUUAUAAAUCGCGUGUAAGUCCAUAAUUGAUUAAAGGUGUUUUUCUUCUCGUAA